CUUGCACCAAACUACCUACCAAAAAACGCUACCGUGAAAAUUUACCUAGAAAUUCUACCGAGCGGCAUGAGAACUUACCAAUUGUUAAAGUCCGACCGACUGUUUUCCUCUUGCACCGAAAGCCGGAAAGUAGUACUCGCGGAGGAAAUUUUGACGUUUUAAAGGUAAAUUCGGGCCUCCAAAAUAACUAGCAAAAGCUUAGGUAAAAGUGAAGUCAUCGCAACAGUGAAGACAUUGAAAAGAUAACGCCUAUGCAUUGCCGGAUUGACUAUGGCCGAUGAUGACAAUUUUGAGCCUCGGGAGCGCCGCCAGCGGAGGCUCCGUCCGCGCAUCAACAUGGGAGCACUGCAUCCAACGACAUUCAGGGAAAACUUCCGCCUCAGCGUCGAGGUCGCCACUGCACUGGAAGACCUCAUUAGCGGAACGGUGGCGCACGACACGGGCUUAAAUAUGGCACUGACACCUCGCCAGCAGCUGCUCGUGUCGCUGCGGUUCUAUGCUACCGGUGCGUAUCUGCGCCUGGUGGGAGACGGCCACGGCGUCUCCGAGGCCACCGUGUGCCGCGCCAUUCACCGCGUGACGGAUGCGAUAAUCCACCGCUGCCCAGGGGCCAUCACCUGGCCGAGCGACCCGGCGGCUCUCGGACGUCUCAAGGAGGACUUUCGACAGGUCGCCGGGCUGCCCGACAUCGUGGGGUGCAUCGACGGCACCCAUGUACGCCUCACCGUCCCCCGAGAGCAGCGGGAGGCGUAUAUCAAUAGGAAAGGCUUCCCGUCCCUCAAUGUGAUGGCUGUCGCUGCACCCGACCGCUCAAUCGUUGCAUUGAGCGUGCAUUGUGGCGGUCGGGUGCACGACGCCCGAGUUUUAGCGACAUCAGGGCUGCCCGACUAUUUCCGGAAUGGAAAUCCUGUAAUGGGCGCCAUGAUGCUGGGGGACAGUGGCUACGGCCUGUCACCCUGGCUCAUGACGCCCAUUGCAGACCCCACCACCGCCGAGGAGCGCGCAUACAAUAACGCUCAUGCGCGCACUCGUGUGGUGGUGGAGAACGCCUUCGGCGUUUUGAAAAUGCGGUUCGGGGCGCUCGAGUUCGGGCUGCGCCUGAAAAGUGUGGCCCGCUGCGUGGCGGUUAUUCACACGUGCUUUAUCCUACACAAUAUGUGUAUCAAGGGCGGUGACUUCGGCGAAUGGCUCGGACCACUGAGGCAAGAUGAAGGAAUGGUGCAGGAGCCAGCUGACGGGGCGGCAGAGCUGCCGGCGGCAGGCGCCGAGAGGCGGGCGGGUCUUGUGCGCCGCAAUGACCUCGUGCGGCUGUUCGUACGCCAUUAGCUGGUCGAUACUCGGGCCAACCGCAGCUAGGCGACAGCAGAGUCGUCUACUCAUGGCCAGUGGCCUAUGGCUAUGUACGUGUGCUUGAGUGUUUGUGUAUUUGUAUACGCUUGGGGAUAGGGAGAGAAGAGGGAGCGAGGGGUAUAGGGAGCGAGCGGGAGAGGGAGCGAAAGGGAGAGGGAGAGCAGCAAAUAAAAACAU